GUGGCUUGAAAUAACAAUGGGAAGGACACCUUGCUGUGAUAAGACCAAAGUGAAAAGGGGACAGUGGUCUCCAGAGGAAGAUGAAAUUCUCAAGAAUCACAUCCUUAAACAUGGCACUUGCAAUUGGAUUACUCUUCCUCACAGAGCUGGGCUAAAGCGUUGCGGCAAGAGUUGCAGAUUAAGAUGGCUGAAUUAUUUGAGACCAGAUAUCAAACUUGGCAAUUAUACACAAGCGGAAGACAACCUUAUCUUCUCUCUCUACGCUCAACUUGGAAGCAGGCUAAAUCUUGCUCUUCAACUAUUUUCUUAAUCUAAUCUUUUCCCAUUUUAAUAAACAGUUUUAGUAUUUAAAAGUGACACCACGUUUUUUUUCCUUUUUUUUUUUUUUGAAUUUGCAGAUGGUCUGUUAUAGCGUCUAAGCUUCCAGGAAGAACAGACAAUGAUGUCAAGAAUCACUGGAAUACCAAGUUGAAGAAGAAGCUUUCAGCAACAAAAGCCAACUUUGAUGAUGAUGAUAGAAAGGAAAUUUUGAAUUCCUCAAACGAAGCAGCCUAUUCUCUAAUGAAAUUUCAAUUUCCAAGUUGGGAGUCUGCUAAUAAUAAUAAUAAUAAUAAUAAUACCAACAACAUGGUUCAAAAUGACCAAAAAUAUCCAAGAUUCACUCAGGACCACUCCAAGAUUUCGACUUCCGAACAAGAAGGAUCAAUGAUUUUCGGAACAUCUAAUUCUUCACUUGAUUCUAUGCAUGAUCUUGCAUGGUUUGAAAUGUACUUUCCAAUGGAUUCCAACACUGAUGAAAUUAUGGGUGGCAAUGGCACAUGGACUCAAUAAUCAGUCCUUGAAGAAAUCGGCUUUCCGCCCACAUUCAGUUGAUUUGCUUACUUCUUGAAUAUGUUACUAAACAGGAGAGAUUAUGUGAAAACACAAAGUAAAUGUAAUCUCUCAUUUAGUAUCUAGAUGAUUUACUAGUAGAAUUAUGACAUCAACUAGAAAAGAAACAUGGGAAGCAUAUAACAUUGAAGAAAAGGAGGUGUUUACAUAUUUAAUUUAUUUAAUUUCAGUGCUUGUG